AUUGGUGAUACCGAUUAUUGGAAGAAGAUAUAUAUUGUUAUAUUUAAAAUAAUACUCUCAUACUUUUUUAUAAUGAUUUUAUUUUAUGUAUUCCAUGUUUCAUUCGUCGCUAGCAUUAAAAUAAUCGAAUGCUCCCAGUCUUUUCGGGACACAGUGUUGUUAUGUGUUUUGGUGUUCGCUAAUGAGUUAGGAAAAUUACCGGUUUUAAUGAUACUAUUGCUAUUGUACUAUAGAAUUAAAUUGCUUUGUUCAACUAUACGAAGAAAUGUUUUAAAUGCAACAUCUAUAGUUUGUGUAAAAAAAUAUAUUAACAUGUACGAUCGUAGUUUAGACGAGCUCAAAAAAACGGACGGCUACAUAAAACCAAUGAUGUUUUUGAAUCUCACAGUAAAUUUUAUAUAUAUAUCGGAGUGGCUCUAUCGACUCGUGAUAGUAUUCAAAAGCAAUAGGUCUUUAGAUAAAUUGAAAAUGUUAUUGCUUGCACACGUUAUAUAUAACCAUAUAACAAUAUUUUUUCCGUCCUUCAUAAUUGAAUUGAUAUUAAAAGAUAUAGGAGAGCUCAGAAACGAUUUGGCAGAUAAAAUUAUAACAUGCACCAAUGAACGGCGACUAAUGGAAAUGAAAAUGUUACAACGCUACCUCAAUGACAAACCAUUCACUUAUACACUGUGGCGUAUUAUUGAUAUUAAUUUAAGGCUUCCUUUGAAAUUCCUUUCACUGACAGCAACAUGUCUAGUGUCAUCACUCGGCACACUGUUUGUUUUAAUAGGAAGUACUAUUCAAGUUAUAUACAACUGUUUAAUAUUGUUCAUUCCUUCAGUAAUAAUUGAGCUUAUUACAAAAGACUUGGAGGCACUGAAAAAUGAUUUGGCUGACAGAAUUUUGACAUGCGGAGAUCGGAGAAGACGUGAACAGUUGAGAAUGUUACAACUGUAUCUCCAUGACAAACCCUUCACAUAUACGUUAUGGAGAUCCAUUCAAGUCAACUCGAGACUUCCUCUCAAGUUUCUGUCUCUGGUUGCUACGUGUUUAAUUUGUAUGUUGCAAAUAUCGGUUAAGAACAAAUAA